AUGAUUUGGAUUUGGAGCUUGUUGGCGACUGUUGCUUUGGCAAAUGUCAAUGAUUUGGUGGGAACAUGGACUACCAAGUCUCGUCAGGUUAUCACCGGUCCGGUAGGUCGAAGUAUACAACUGGGUCCGAACGGCACUAACGCGCAUCAGGGAUUCUACGAUCCAUUAGAAGACAGGUUACUCGAGCCCAGUCUAACCGGCAUCUCAUAUUCAUUCGACAGUGAUGGAAACUACGAAUCAGCCUACUAUCGAGCAAUCUCCAACCCCGCCGACCCGAGUUGCCCCGGAGGCAUUAUGCAGUGGCAACACGGCUCGUACGCCGUAUAUGCCAACGGGUCAUUGACCUUGACUCCGAUCGCGGUGGAUGGCCGCCAGCUGCUGUCGGAUCCAUGCCGGAAGGACAUCGCUGAGUAUACACGCUUCAACACCACUGAGCGUUUCAAGGACUUUUCCGUCGGCAUCGACAAGUAUCACGAUGAAAAGCGGCUUCAAUUGACCAGGGCAGACGGCUCCAAGGUCCAUCCCAUGUUCAUUGCCUACGAGCAACCGAAGAUGCUUCCAACCAAGACAUUGAACCCCACUCCCACAGGAAACAAGGCCAAGCGAGAUGUCCAAUCCGACACCGGAUUCUAUCUCGUCAGCAGAGAUCAAUUGAUUAACCCAGACCGGUGGUUGUGGCUGGGUGUUCUGAUGACAUCUCUUGGAGGAGCGGCUUUCUUCUACUCAUAA